AUGCGAAGGACGUUCAAAACAUGGGUUGAGAAGAAUGUCCCUAAGCUUCAACCAAAUUACAACCCAAAUCAUGGCUAUGAGCCGUAUUGGCCUGGAGGUCACUGGCUUUAUUUGGACAAAGAACUUGGCCCAAAUGAGACCACAACCAAAACCCCCCUUGUUUGCGGAGAAGAAUGCAACUAUUUAUAUACACGAGUUGGCAAGGUAUGUGCUAGAACGGUGGAUAACAAAGAGUACCAGCAAUGUGUGUCGAUAUUCGGUCUGUGUCUUGGUUGGUGGCGCGACGAAUUCUAUCGAGGAUUCCAUACCUUUGAUACCUACUGCAAAUUUUUAGAUGCACAAUGCAGGACUGAAUACAGCAAACGAUGGAUUUUAGUACAUGAAGGGGAAUGUUCUCACGACAUCGAUACCUACUUUAAGCCUCUACACACUUCACCAGGACCGCUGUAUAGGUUGAGUUCGUACUUAACAAAUUUAGUUAAUAACUACAAGAAUGCUGGCUUAGAGAGUCCACUUCGACAUGGUGGAUCUUUACCUGACCAAACGAUCUCCGUGGACGGGAAUUUACCACUGAUACUGGAUAUUGGUAUUCAGCCGAAUCUUGGAAUUUUCCCCACUAACAACCGCGGUGCUUUUAGGCCCACCCUCCCUCAUAAGGUCAAGCAAUAUAUUCACAAUUUUGUAAAAGAUAUGUUUUUAGGUAAUAUCAGUGAAAGUAUAAAUAAAAAUUAGCUAUUUGUGUAUUGUAUAUUUUUAAGUUUAUUGUUUUAUUUUUGUUAAAUUUCCCGGCAAAGUUAACCACGAAAUCUUUUAGCAACGUAAUACAAAAGUGGUAAAAUAUUUCACACAUAAGUUAGAAUUAUGGACGUUAUCUAGUUAUCAUAAGGGAACGUUUGCCCUUCGAAUAGCCGUCAUUAUCUUUCGCAUAUAUCGUCCAAUGUAACUGAAUGGUAAAGUAAUGUUCUCACUUAAAAAUAAUUUCUCUUUCUUUGUGAAGGAGGGAAUGGCACUCGGUCAUUUGUUCUUCUUAUCAAGACCCACUGGGCCACACAUACAGGCCAAUUUAUUGCUUUUGUGAAGCCUUCAUCUAGCUUUGAUUAAUAUUUUUAGACAUUGUCUUUCAGAGAACUGUUUCGGAUAGAUAUGAACGAUUUCGAGAAAUAAUUUUAUCGCAAAAUCUUUCAAAUUCACGGCAAUUGACAUUAUCUAUUUCACGGCAAUUUCCAUGUUUAAUUUGAAGCUAUAUAAAAAAUACCCAUGAAGGUAUAUUUCUAAAAGAUUGCAACACGAUUAAUAAGAAAAUUAUUUCAAUAAUCAUAAUAUGAAAAAAUUAAAUAUGAAUAAAUCUUUAUACAACUUUUGUAUGAU